AUGAAUAAUGAUUUCAAAUGUCAAGAACAUCAAAGAUUAUUUGAAAAUAUAUGUUUUCAAUGCAAUCAUUUGUUAUGCUCAAGAUGUUUGACAGCACACAACAAAGAUAAAAAUCAUUAUAAAUAUUGUGAACAUAUAGAUGAUAUCAAACUAACACUUGAAAAUCAUAUGCUCUCUGAAUGUUUUAAACUACAAACAACUACAAUAACAAAUCCUUUUAAAAGACAAAAAUUAGACCAUAAAAGUGAUAAUAAUGAUAAUCAUUCAGAUUUAGACACACCAGAGCAAGAUAAUGAUAAUGAUAUAGAUAAAGAUAGUAAUAUUGAUAAAGAUCGUAUUAAUAAUGAUAAUGAAAGUUUAGAUCCAAAUAGUAAGAGUUUUAUCAGUGAAAGAAUAGCAGAUAUUUGGAAGACAAUCAAAUCAUCUUCAGAACAAUAUAAAAAGUUAACAAUAACUCAAAGUGAUAUCUCUAAACACUUCAAUGAGUAUCACAGAUUCCUUAUUGAUGAAGAGAAAGCUCUAACAAGAGAAAUCGUCAAUGACAAAGAACUAAUUGUUAAUCAAAUAGAACAUAGUAUUAAUGAAUUAAAAUACUAUACAAAUAUCUUUUAUUUAAAUAAUCAGCUAAUCAAUUUACACAAUGAUAACAUCAACAACAAUAACAAUAAUGAGAAUCAUAUAUAUUCUACAGAAACAACAUUAGAUACUGCAGAUAGUUACUCAACAAAGGCAUUAAUAGAAUCAAUAAAUACAAAUGAAUCAUUAAUAUCAUUCAUUCAAUCAAAUAACGAUACAGUUUUCAAUCAACAGAAUAUAUCUUAUAUCAAUAUCAAAGAUGUAUUUAAACAAUAUAGUGAUGUUGAUUCAAUGAUAUUAGAUUCUAUCUAUAAAUUAAACAGUCAAUUAAUAUUAACAACACCCAAAUCAAUGAAUAUAAAUUAA